AUGGUCAAUCGCGGACCCUCUGGAGGAUGUGUUACAUGCAAAACACGACGUGUCAAAUGUGACGAGGCGAAGCCCGAAUGCCACGCGUGUCAACGCCUCAACCUUCGUUGCGGGGGCUACAAGCCAAAGCCUGUCAAGAUUAGGUUCAGGGAUCAAACCGCCAAGGUUUGCAACGACCUUGUUUCGAAGCAAGCCGCUCAGAAUCAACAAUGGGUGCCUUGCUUGCGAUCGCUAGCCGAACCCGACCCUGCUGUCCCAUUCUUCAUUCGACAUUACGGCGUCAUGGGUCGCAAUGCGAAGUCUGCCCGUGGGUUUUUCGAGAUAUUAGCUCCAGUAUACGCUACUCAGCAGCAGAACUCGCCUCUCUCGCUCGCGGUGACUGCCGUGGCUUCGGAAAUCCUGUCGCGUUGGCGGCACGAGAGUAGCUCCCGAGCAUCUUGGGAGACCUAUACCCAGGCCAUCAAGCGUCUUCGGGAGACUCUCCAGGAUCGCAAUGAAUUGACAAACCCGGCAACAAUGUUAGCCGUGUUGGCGCUGCAAUUUUAUGAAAAUUUCGCUGUUAUAUACGGCAGUCACCAAGCCACGGGAGUACACCACGAGGGAGCCGUCUCCUUGCUCCCACUCACAGAUCAGGAUCAUGCCAGUGGGUCGCUGAUCGCACACAUUCGGCGAUGUAUCCUUCACAAUGAGAUUUUAUCAGCGAUACGUCAUAAACGGCUUCUGCAUAGCACGGCCCACUCGCGUCUUGGGUGCAUAGAGCCGACAAUUGCGCCAGGUAAUUUAGGCCCCGCACUCGAUGCAAUAGGCGUAUCCGUGGCCGAGUUGAAUGCAAGUUAUUGGCAGCAAGCAGCCCACGUAGGUUCCAUGUCUUCGACAAAAAUCUGCAGAGACUGGAGAGCCGAGGCAAAGUGUAUUGACGAACGACUCCUUGCUUGGGCACAAAACGUCCCGCAACAUUUGCAGCCGGUGAGACUCCCGGAUGGAAUCGCUCUCGACCCUUCGAUCCCAACUUACAAUUCUAUGUGCGACGUCUACAUUUCGUGCCAGAUUGGAUCACUGUGGAACGAAUGGCGCGCUCAACGCCUCUUGCUCGUCAAGAUAAUCCUCAGCUCGCUUAGUACCAUUCCCACCGCUGGCCAUCUUGCGCAAUCAAAUGCUGAAACCGAAGAGUUCGCCGAGUAUAAGCACCUUCUUCAAGAGCUGGUCGAUUCGGUCUGUUACAGCGUGCCCUAUUAUCUUGGGAACCAAGGCGGAUGGUUAAGUAUUCCCGACUUAACCGAUCCAGCAAUUGUGUUUCCUAGCCAUCGCUUACUAGACAAUGUCAACCAGCAAAAGUCUGCGCAGAAGUCAGAAGACGAGCACAGUAGUCAUAUUAUCGCCCAAGGGCCGUGGCACGUCAUGAGUGUGUUGAGUCGCGUGGUGGCAUUCUUCAUCGAGGACCAUGGUCAGGGGAUGGUGUCUUUUCUCCGACCUGGACAGCUCGAGUGGAUCCGGGAGCAGUUCCUGCGUGUCACGCAGCUACUCCGUAUUCCGUUGGAGGAGGCCAGUGAUGGUAAAGCGAGAUUCUAUCCGUUGGACCGGUCUUUACAAGCAGAUCUAGAUGCCAAAAUUGACAAUCUCGCAAAGCGGAUCAGGAAGGGCGCGUUUAUAUGA